GCGGUCCUCCAACAGAGUUCGUGCCUGUCCUACCCACGUUUGUUUGUCUGUCUGCUGGAAAUACAGCGGAGGAUCAUUUUACAACGGGAGGUGCAACGUUUCUUCUGACGGCUGUCUGAGAAAACGGUAUGAAUCGGCACCAAGAACUGGGACAAAGUGAGCAGGAGCAGGAGGAGGUGACUGGGCUGGUAUGUCAGGAAGACGACCUGAAAGACGGACAGAUGAAGGAAGUAACUGUAGGCGACCAGAAUGUGCUGCUAGUCCGUACCCACGGUCAGUACAGCGCUAUUGGAAACAAGUGCUCCCAUUACAACGCUCCUCUUGUCAAAGGAGCACUGGUUGGUGACAGAGUCAGAUGUCCCUUUCAUGGUGCUUGCUUUAAUGUCAGAACUGGAGAUAUUGAAGAGUACCCAGGUCUGGACUGUCUGCCCAGCUACAAGGUCAAAGUUGAGGAUGGCAAGGUGUAUGUUUCCAUCAACAAAAAGACUAUUAUGCUGACCAAGCGGGUGAAGGAGAUGUGUAGCUUGGCACCAGACAUCAAACACACUAUUCUGCUCAUAGGAGGGGGCCCUGCCUCCCUGGUUUGUGCCGAGACGCUGAGACAGAACUGCUACCAGGGUCGAAUCAUCAUGGUCACCAAAGACACCCUACCUCCAUUUGACAAACCCAAACUGAGUAAGGCUAUGAAUCUGGACAGCAGCAGCAUCCUCCUCCGGUCAAGUGACUUUUAUCAACAAUAUGGAAUCGAGGUGUGGACGCAGAAGGAGGUGGUGUCGGUAAACUCAGCUAACAAGGCGGUGAUGUUGAACGAUGGCAUUUUGCAGCGUUACAACCAGCUCCUCAUCUCAACUGGCUGUAGAGCGAGGCCGCUCAGCUGUCCUGGGUGUGACCUGCAGGGAGUGAAGUUACUGCAGAGUUAUGAAGAUGCCAGAGAGAUUCACAACUCCUGCCUCGGCCAGAAGGCCGUCAUCAUCGGAGCCUCCUUCAUAGGUAUGGAGGUGGCAUCCUUCUUAUCAGACAAAGCUGCCAGUGUGGCCAUGGUUGGCUCCACCAGAUAUCCAUUUGAGCGGUCUCUGGGUCCAGAGAUCGGCAAAAUGACGAUGCAAAUGUUGGAGGAACAAAAUGUGAAGUUUUACAUGGAUGACAGAGUCACAGAGAUAAAAGGAGAGAACGGGAAGGUGAAGGAGGUGGUGCUGACCAGUGGUACAGUCCUGGAAGCUGAUGUGGUGAUUGCUGGAAUUGGUGUAAUCCCCAAUUCAGACUUCUUGGCAGGAAGCAAGGUGGAGUUGGAUUCAAGGAAAGCUGUGAUUGUUGACAAGUUCAUGAAGACCAGUAUAGCUGAUAUCUUUAGCGCUGGAGAUGUCACCUCCUUCCCUCUGGCCAUUUGUGGAGACCAAAGGGUCAACAUUGGUCACUGGCAGAUGUCACAAGCUCAAGGAAGAGUAGCUGCCUUGAACAUGCUAAACAAACCAACCAAACUUGAGUCUGUUCCUUUCUUCUGGACUGUGCUGCUUGGAAAGAGUGUCAGAUACACAGGCUAUGGGGAAGGAUACACUGAAAUUAUAUUCAAAGGCAAAGUGGAAGAGAGGAAAUUCCUGGCGUUUUAUAUAAAAGACGAGGUGGUGGUAGCUGCAGCCAGCCUGAUGUUCGAUCCAGCUGUGGCCCGUCUCGCAGAGCUGAUGGCUAGGGGCCAUAUUAUUAAAAAGGCACAGGCUCAAGCUGAUGACCUGAGCUGGCUGCAGAUGUGACCAUCGCUGUGCCGUAUCUAGGAGUAAUGCCUCUCAUUGACGAUGGAUGUCGCUUCUCUCUCUCCCCUGUUCCUGUCUCUGUCAAGUAGUUUCAAACUAGAUUGUUCCAUUUAUUGCCUCAGGCCUCCUGAAAACCAACCAGACCUCUUCUGUGCUUAUUCAGAGCACUGUUACCAUAGUAGCAAGCACAGCUUUAUUGAAUUUGCACUUUGUGCACCCAGUGAAUAAUCUGAUCUGUGUGUAGUGAGCGCAGUGUGAGUAAGACUAAACUGACUUCACCUGCAUUUAUUCCAAGUUUUGACCAAGCUACGUAAAUAUAUCCAAAAUGUUUUUAUGAACCUCAAAUUUUAAGAUUCCAAGAAUAGUACUUUGUAGUAUAGCAAUUUUUCUUCAACUUAAAAACACAUUCCACUUCACCUGUCUUUUCUGUUGGGACGCUUGUUUCAUGUGUACUGUAAUGCCUUAAUCCAUUAUAAUGCAACUGUUUACAGCUGAGAUGUAGCUUAUUUAUCAUUUACUGUAACUGAACUUAAGUGGUUACUUAGAAAAUCUGGAUAUGAAUAUUUUGUGGUACGAGAGUAAUGCUCAGGUAUUACAUUAAUUAUUAGGUUUGGGGAUUCAUCAGCGUUGAUUAUCUAUUUAAUAUCCUAUUUACUGUUGUCAGCCUGUGGGUUCAGUAUGAGGAUGUGUUUUCUUUACUUUCUUUGCUUUCUUUAUUUUUUUUCCCUAGUUUUUUGUGUUACACUUGCUACAGUAAAUAUCUGUAGAUAACUGUUGCUGCCUCAUUUGACAGUGUGACAGUUGCUUUUUGCUUUCAUGUGUGGUCAAACAUUUUUACCGAACAUUAGACAGUGAUUGCAUUUCUGAAUCUGCUCUAAUUGUUCCCUUUUUGUGCUCUUGUGCGUUUGUGUAACAUCCACCAUCCACUGUCAGUGUGUUUCUCCUCUAUUACACCAUCAUGGCAGAGAACAGAUUUUGGCUACACAACACAACAUUAGCAGGAUGCUUUGAUUCUGGUAUUUAUACAUAUUUCAUCUCAAGUGAUAUUCACUCUGGUUAUGUGGAAUUUACUCAAUGAAUAUUUUGUUGUGACA